UUUGUUCUAAGCAGGGCUGUCAGUAAAGUCUUAGAGGGGUGGUGGGCUGGGUGAGACUUUUAGCAAUUUGUUAACAAAAAAUUAGCUAAAUUCUUCUUACCCAUUUUCCCCCGCAAAGUGAGUCAGCGUUUAUGUCCCUUCUGUUCUUGGAAAUAUCCGUCUGUCUUUAGAUUUUAAGUUAGAUGAUUGGCCUGUGACCCCAGUUUCUGGUCUUCUUAGUUUUGCUACAACUCCAGAAAAAAUGUUGGAUGAAAGUUGUGAUGACAAACGAUUUUAAUUUGUUCUUAAUUGUAGCAUGAAUUCUCCUAAAAUUUCACAGGGUUCUCUACUGGUGCCUGAUACUACUACAUUGCCUCCAGCUGGCUGCUGCAAGAUGAUGCUGUUUCUCUGCCCUGGAGUAGCAACGCAGCAAUCAGUGUUCUAACCAAGAGGAGAGGUACUCCGAGAGUACACUGGUGGCUUCAGAACAAAGCCUCCACACCCGGCUUACCAGAGCUCCUAUGUGGAGGAUUCAACAAAGUCAAAGUCUAAACUAAAGGAGCCUAAUCAGGACAAUGAGUGUGAUAAAUCGUAAGUCACUGUUGGUAUUAUUGUUUAUAUUAGCCUCCUGGAUCACUUUUACAGUUGUCCAAAACUCCGCAAAGUUAUGGACUACACUCAAGUUGCCCAUCUCCCUCCAUCACUGGAAUUACUUCACAAACUCCUUAUGUCCUGACGCAUCGCUGAAUCCAGUAGUUUCGCUAGCAGAGACUGAGCUGAGAAUAAAGAAAAUCAUGGAGGAACUAGACCAGCUGGUCCCACCCAGACCCUUCACUCACAUGAACACCACCACCAGUGCCGCACACAGCAGAGCUACCCUCCUCAACCCGCAAGACACAUACUGCAAAGGGGAUCAGCUAGACAUCCUGCUGCAGGUGAGGGACCACCUGGGACGCAGGAAGGAAUAUGGCGGGGAUUUCCUGCGGGCCAGGAUGUCCUCCCCCGCCCUGCAGGCAGGCGCUUCAGGAAAGGUGACAGACUUUAACAAUGGCACCUACCUUGUCAGCUUCACUCUGUUCUGGGAGGGCCAGGUCUCUCUGUCUCUCCUGCUCAUCCACCCCAGUGAAGGGGUGUCGGCUCUCUGGAGGGCAAGGAACCAAGGCUAUGACAAGGUGAUCUUCACGGGCCAGUUUGCCAGUGGCACCUCCCAUGUCAAUACUGACUGUGCCCUGCUUUUAAACUCAAGUGCUGAACUGUGCCAGUACCUGGAUGCCCAAGACCAAGAAGCCUUCUACUGUGUGAAGCCUCCACAGGCGCCCUGUGCUGCACUCACCCACAUGUAUUCCAAAAACAAGGAAGUUUCUUAUCUUAGCGAACAAGAAAGGAGCCUCUUUGAAAGGUCAAAUGUGGGUGUAGAGAUUAUGGAAAACUUCGAUGCCAUCAGUGUCUCCCAAUGCAACAAAAAAAGAGUUCCAACGAAAAAGAAAUGCAAGUUUGGAAUGACAUCCACAAUCCCCAGUGGACACGUCUGGAAAGACACAUGGAAUCCUGUCUCCUGUAGUUUGGCUCCGAUUAAAAUGAAAGAAUGCCUAAGGGGAAAAUUCAUACAUCUAAUGGGAGAUUCCACAAUCCGCCAGUGGAUGGAAUACUUCAAAAGCAGUAUCAACACACUGAAGUCAGUGGAUCUGCAUGAACUUGGAAAAUUUCAAAACCUGCUUGCUGUGGACUUGGAUAAGAAUAUCAACAUCCAGUGGCAAAAACAUGGUUACCCCUUGAUUGGAUCAUUGAUCUACUCAGUCAAAGAUAUUGAGUACCUCGCCCGGGUCAUUGACAGAACUGGAGGAGAGAAAAAUACCAUCAUUGUUAUUUCUCUGGGCCAGCAUUUCAGACCGUUUCCCAUUGAUGUUUUUAUCCGAAGGGCCCUCAAUGUCCACAAAGCUGUUCAGCGUCUUCUUCUGAGAAGCCCAGAUACUAUGGUAAUUAUCAAGGCAGAAAAUAUCAGGGAUAUGGACGCUGACAUGGAGAGAUUUAGUGACUUUCAUGGUUACAUCCAAUAUCUUGUCAUAAAGGACAUUUUCCAGGAUCUUAAUGUGGGCAUCAUUGAUGCCUGGGAUAUGACAAUUGCAUAUGGCACAAAUAAUGUCCACCCACCUCAAUCUGUAGUCAGAAAUCAGAUUAAUAUAUUGUUAAACUAUAUUUGCUAGAUAACACAUAUCUCUGAAAUUCGUUUACUUAAUUAAAAACAUUAAGUGUUUGCUGUCA